AAUGGCCACCGCUGACGUCAAAUCCACCGUCCCACACAUGGACAUGGACCGUGGAGGCGCGUUCGACUUCUCCAACUGCAUUCGUAAUCAGGCAAUGUGCAAGAUGGGCGGAAAGGCUCCAAAGCUCACCAGUACCGGAACCACCAUCGUCGCCGUUGCCUUCAAGGGCGGACUUGUGAUGGGAGCUGAUUCCCGUGCCACCGCCGGAAAUAUCAUCGCCGAUAAGCAUUGCGAGAAGGUUCACAAGCUCACUGAGUCGAUCUAUGCCUGCGGAGCCGGAACCGCCGCCGAUCUCGAUCAAGUCACAAAGAUGCUCUCUGGAAAUCUCCGUCUUCUGGAAUUAAACACCGGGCGCAAGGCUCGUGUGAUCACCGCUCUUCGUCAAGCUAAGCAGCAUCUUUUCAACUAUCAAGGAUACAUCGGAGCCUACUUGCUCAUUGGAGGAGUCGAUCCAACUGGCCCACAUCUUUAUAUGUGCUCCGCCAACGGAACUACAAUGGCCUUCCCAUUCACAGCUCAAGGAUCUGGAUCAUAUGCAGCUAUCACUAUUUUGGAGCGUGAUUUUAAGGUUGAUAUGACGAAAGAUGAAGCCGAGAAGCUUGUCCAACGCGCCCUGGAAGCCGGUAUGCACGGUGACAACGCCUCAGGAAACAGUUUGAAUCUUGUGAUCAUCGAGCCAAGCGAGACCGUCUUCAAGGGGCCAAUUGUGCCAGAAUUCUGCAAGCGACCAGAGCCCAACGACCUCGUCUACAAAUUCCAGGCCGGAGCCACCAAGGUGCUGAAACACAAGACCUACAAGUACGACGUCGUCGAGUCCAUGGAUAUCACUCACUAAAUUGCGGUCUUCUGUCGAUGUGUGUAUUCUUUCCCCCAAUUAUUUAUUUUUUUUCGAUUUUCCAUCCGUUUCGGUGUCGUCGGUGAUUACUUUUUUCGGUAUUUUCGUAUCCGCCGGCAGUUCUUAUCACAUUUGUUUUAUAAAUUCCGAAUAUAAACUGUCUAUUUUCCUU